UAGGCGGCUAUAAGCUGAUAUCAUAUCACUGAAUUCUGAUAAGGCAGGUUUAUUGACGCAUUCUUACCGUCUUACCUGCCUCCCAGCCGGCUUGAAAAUCUGCAUUAUCACAAUCUAUUUUUGUUCAUUUACUGUGUUAUUGAUUUAUUCACAACGUAGAAUUACCAAUAGUUGGCUAUAUUUAUUGACAUUUAAUUGACGUUUAACCAAAGCAGCUGCUGUAUCCAUAGCGGAGGUUUAACGAUUUGACAUGGUCGUGAUUAUCAAAAUUGUAGAUAAGACUAUUGAGUGCAAAACCUAACCAGAUUCCUCAUGCGGCGUAACUCAUUUGUCAACACUUCGCCAAAAUUUGCCAUGUCAGCUCCUUGGCAAAGGUUUGGAAUCCUACUUGGGACAAUUGGUUUCAUAGUUGUCUGCUUUAGAGUGGCAACAAAGUCCUCAGAAGACGGGGACAAGUCUAAACAUGGCGAUCCCGAUAUUUCUUACUCAAGCAUGAUCUCAGUCCCGAUCGAGGAAGUGAUGGCUGGUGAUCCCAUCGUCUUGGCCCAGGAUGAUCCUCGUGUUACACAAUAUAUUUGGAAUCAUGGGUAUAUAGUAGCCCCAUCGGAAAUAGACUACAACUUGACGGCCCCCAAUAAAAAUCCAUCUAUGGGACAGGGUCAGAUGAUUCGUAAAAUUUUUAAGGACAUGAAAGGAGGAUUUUUUAUCGAAUCGGGUGCACUCGACGGCGAGACGAGAUCGAACACCUUAUUUCUAGAGAAGGAGUUGGGGUGGAAGGGAUUGUUGAUUGAGGCCGACCCCAAGAACUAUGGCAUGGUUUUGGAAAAACGAAGAAAAGCAUGGUCAUCAAAUACGUGCUUGGCAACGAAGCCAUAUCCCCACAAAGUUGUGUUCCGACAACAAUUUAAUGUUGGUAAAAUCAAAGAUGAUUCUUCGAAAUCUAUGGGCAAUAAAACCGCCUCUGGAUACGCCGUUGUGCAAUGUUUCCCUGUUUACUCGCUGCUGUCGGCCCUCUCAGUCUCCACGAUUGACUACUUUAGCCUUGACGUGGAGGGCGUCGAAAUGGAGGUGCUGGCCAAUAUACCGUUCGACAAAGUAUUUAUCAAGACUUUAUCCGUGGAAUUCAACCACGUGAGUGCAGGAAAGGCUGGGUUGAGAAAGGUGAUGGAAGACAAAGGCUAUGUCGUCGUGGGAGAAGUGUCACAUCCGCAAGGACUCGCAAACGAUUUUAUUUUUGUACAUCACAGUCUUCAUGAACUCAUUGCAGCUUCUAAAGAACAAUAAAAUGUUAGGAAAUAAACUUGUAUUUAUUUACUUAUUUAUUGUUCGAUAUAAUUAAAAUUUAUGAAGCGUUA